UAGCGGUUAAUUUUAAUGCGCCAUUUACUUUUUUAGAAGGAAAACAAACAUUUGAUGGGAACAUAAAAAGGAAUACACAGCGAAAAUGUUAAAUCGCGUUUUAUUUUUAUUGUCACUUAACGUGGUCUCGACAGUGGCAGUAGAAUGUUAUUACAAAGGUUCGCCUUUACUAGGAGGUGGCCAUGAGCUGAAGUCGAUGUACUGUGAGGACGGCUGUUGUGGGACUUUUGAUAAACAGGAGUGUUGUAAAGGAUUAAAUUGGUGGAUGGUGUUUGCCUUCGUCUUGGCUGGAUUCUUUAUAAUAUUUGUGAUCGUUGCUGCAGUAUAUCUGAUCCUGAAACAGAAAAAUAAGAAGAAAGAACGAGUCGGAAACAGAGAAAGCGAUCAAGCUUACGAAGGCCAACCAAGCACCGUAGACUUGUCUGUUUUCCGCACAGACAACCAUAGAGCGCCCGAUCCCCCAGCAUACUCAAUGUAUCAGGACCGCAGAAUGUACCAUGAUCGUGAAGCAAACCAGCAUUUUUUCCAAGAGCAGAACUUUGUACCAGACAGCGAACGAGAAAAUGCAAGAAACGAAACCUCGUGGAGAAAUUCAGACCUUUCUUAUUUCGAUAAAUAUCUCAAACGUACGAAACAGCCGACUGCAGCAGGGAACCAGAUGGAAUUUUCUGCGCUGAAUAGAUCACCUCACAACACAGAAAAUACAGUUCCAACAAAGCUUGCGGCGGAGUAUGAGGAGUUACGAGUGUCAAUGGAUCCAGAUCUUACAGCCGAAUGUACAUACAUUGGCAACACAGCUGAACAAACGACAGAACAUCCGGUCUUGGAACGGACGGACACUUCUCAGUUCCACUUCAUGGCCCCUAGAAAUCCUUCGUAGAAGAGUUUUGACACAGAUGCAUUUCUAGAUGGCUUCUGGUAUAAAAAUCAAGGACAGUGAUAUGAAGCUAUAAAUUGUAAAUAUUAACAAACCUGUAUAUGGAUUGUACCUACUUCUGUCCUCAAAGACGACAAUUCACUUAUACUUGAAAUUGUUGUAUGGGUAUGAAAUUUCGUAGAAAAUAUCUUCUGCUGUCUGCAGAACUCUGUGAUUGUGUUUUUUUUUUCAACGUACAGCUCAAUAAAGUUUUCUAGAGCUAUCAAGCUUGCAUAUCAUAUAUGAGGAUUAGCAUUUCAGUGUUUAGAUGUCUGUAUAAAAAUGGCCGACUUUCGAUACUGAGAACUAGCUAGAGAAAGAAAAAUAUAGUCUUUAUUGUAAAUUCAUGUUGUGUAUUCUGUACAAGAAACACAAAGAUGUGAGAAAGAAAUAUAUAACUUUAUUCAACUGUU